UACAAGGGAAACACAUGAGUAGGGAGUGAAUUUUGUUGUGAAGUUCAGCUUUGACAGUGCUGUAAAGAAUAAGAGCGGAUUACAAAUCUGGACGGUGAACAUUUUAAUCAGUGAAAUGAAACCCUGAAAAAUACAAAGUGAAAAGCACACUAGACUUUUAACCAGAGGUCUCAUCCUGUUGAAAUGUCUCUGUUUCUGGUGAACAGGUAUCUUGGAGAGGAGGAUGAUGGGAGUGUUUCGAAGGAGUCUCGUUCUCUGGCGUUACUAGCUAAACUGAAGCAGAAGGCCAAAGAGAAGCAGAAACAAAGUUUCACGGAGCAGAAACACAAACCUGAAGAACAGACAAAACAAAAAGCCGUCAAAAAGAAAAGAAAAGCAGACAAGGAGAGUAGUCGUGAAUCUGAACUGAAACACAAGAGGAGGAAAUCGGAGGUAGAGACUGCGUCUGUGUCAGACUCUGAUAAUCAGGACGAGGUUGAUGAAAAGAAGAAGAAGAAAGAGGAAAAACAGAAGAAAAAGAAGAAGAAGAGUCAUUCAGGCGGCUCAGUUGAAGCGGACGUUACUGCAGCAGAGACAGAAGCAGGUGAAGACGUGGGAGGAGAGAAGAAGGAUGCACAGACAGAAAAUGAGACACAAAAACAAGCUUCUGCUGAGACAGGUUUCCAAAUUCUUGGAGGAUUUGAGACCAAACCUGUUCAGAAGGUACAUCGAGUCCUCCCUCAGUGGCUCGCUCAGCCUGAUGUCAUUCACAGAGACAUUAAGAGUAACCUUGUCCCCGUCUCUGACGUCCCGGGACUUUCUGCUCAGUUGGUGAAACAAAUACAAAAUAAUGGAAUUCAGCAACUUUUUCCAGUGCAAGCGGAGGUCAUCCCAGCUAUCCUGGAGAGUGCUCAGACGGGGUUUCUGAUUGGACGAGGAGGCUAUAAGCCCAGAGAUAUUUGUGUGUCUGCACCGACAGGAAGCGGCAAGACUCUGGCAUUUGUCAUACCUGUCAUACAGGUGCUGAUGGAGCGCGUGGUGUGUGAAGUCCGAGCUCUGGCCGUGUUACCAACCAAAGAGCUGGCCCAACAGGUUUCUAAAGUGUUCACGUCAUACGCUGAAGGAACGAGCCUGAAGGUGGUGAUGUUGGCGGGUCAGAAAACCUUGGCUGCAGAGCAGGCGUCUCUUUCAGAGCUACGAGGCGGCAAGAGGCGAAGUUUAGCAGACAUCGUUGUGGCCACUCCAGGUCGACUGGUCGAUCACAUUAACAAGAAUUCAGGAUUAAAUCUGGAACACCUCAGAUUUCUGAUUAUCGACGAGGCCGACAGGAUGAUCGACAGCAUGCACCAGUCAUGGCUCAGUCAGGUGGUGAAGGCUGUUUACAGACCAGAACGUGGAGCAGAAUCCUCCAUCUUCAGAAGAACUGAGCCAGCACAUGUGACAGCAGCCAGCCUGUCUCCUCCUCAGAUGCCGCUGCAGAAGCUGCUGUUUUCAGCCACGCUCACACAGAACCCAGAGAAGCUGCAGCAGCUCGGCCUCCAUCAGCCGCGACUCUUCAGCUCCGUCCACGGCCAGACCGGCACCACACCGGCAGCCCCCACCCUCAAACAAGACCGCUUCGACUUCCCCCAGGGUCUGACGGAGUUUUAUGUUCCCUGUACGCUAAGCAAAAAGCCGCUCCUCGUACUCCACUUCAUCCUGCGCAUGAAGCUCAACCCCAUCCUCUGCUUCACCAACUCUAGAGAGACAGCGCACAGACUCUUGCUGUUGGUGCAGCUCUUCGGUGGAGUUCAGGCUGCAGAGUUUUCGUCUCGUCUCUCUCCUGGUGAGAGGAAGAAGACGUUGAAGGAGUUUGAACAAGGAAAGAUCCAACUGUUGAUCAGCACGGAUGCAGCUGCCAGAGGAAUCGACAUCAACGGGGUCAAAUGUGUCGUGAAUUAUGACGCCCCUCAGUACAUCAGAACCUACAUUCACAGGAUCGGGAGAACAGCUCGAGCAGGGAAAGCCGGCCUGGCCUUCACCUUUCUGCUCGGAGUUCAGGAGAAAAACUUCCUUCAGAUGGUUUUAGAAGCAGGAAGUCCCGGGAUUCAGAAGCAGAUCGUCAAACCAGAGAACCUGAAGAGUAUGGAGGCCAGAUAUGAACAAACGCUGCAGGAGCUUGCAGACGUUAUCAAGGUACUUUUACAACUGGAUUGUUUAUUUAUUGUUGAAACAGACUGAAUAUCCUCAGUUAAUGUGUAUAUGCAGUCUGUUGGUUAGUUUAUUAGAAUAAAGAAUGACUGAAUUAAAAAGGCUUGUAGACAGGUAUAACAUUUUAACGUUUUUAACCUUGCCUUUAACCCUGCUUUCUGAGGGUUUCCGAGGAAAGUUGAAGUUUAAAUUUCUUUAUUGAACUGUUUCUUUGCUGGAAGUAAUUACAGACGUAGUUAAUUCAAAAACCUUACUUGCAUGGAAAGAAUAAGACAUUAACCAAGUCAUUACUUUUAUGGAUGUGCUUAUUGUUUCUACUUUGAUAUUUACAUCUAUGGCUUAAAUAGAAUAUGGUUUCAAUUUGCAUACAAAUAUUUUAAUCUGCUAAAAAAUGAACUAACAAACUCUGUCCUCUGUUUCUCUCUGCAGGAGGAGAAAUCCAAAUAACAGAGUGCCUUUAAAAGAUCAUGCUGUCUUCUUUCAGGUGUUUUUGAAGUUCUUCAAUAAAAAAUACACAUUUAA